UAGGCAUGGUGGGGCUAGGCUGACAGUUGGACUGGAUGAUCUGAGCGGUCUUCUCCUACCUCAAUGAUGCCAUGAUUCUACGGCACGGGCAGGAGGAGAAAAAUCCCUGUCCAAGCUCAGCAAUGUCCCUUCCUGCUCCCAUAGGAGCCUUUUUUGCUCACAGGGAUAUUGUUAGCAGAAACCCCAGGACUGCAAGGUCUGAGACACAGCUCUUGUCGUUCCCACCCAGCGCUGGCUGCUUUUUUUGGGGGGGUCUGUUGUUGAGGGGACCCUUCUGCAAAGCUGCAGAGCCAGCCAGACCUGCAGCAGGCAUAGAGCUGGGAAGAUCAGCCAGGUCCCUUGGAGCUCAGCUGCUGCUUAGAAGGAUGCUUUUUGGGGAAAGCAAAGGUUUGGCUUAAUGUGAAGUCUCUGGACUUGAGAUGUGUGGAGGGGAACCUGUUCUGCACGCUGAGCUUCUGCCCAGCAUGGUUACAUCCAAGCAUCCUCCUGGAGCAGUGGAGUCCCUCUCCCCUUCCUACAGCAAGGCCAAGUUUGCCCAAGGAGCUCUGGGCUCCCUGGGGGACCAGAGGUGAGGAAAGAAGUUGGAGGAGAGCAGCCCUCGCCUUUCAGGUGUGGGAAAUCUCCGGCACAGGCAGGGGCUGGGGAAGCAGUGGAUGAAGGCAGCGUCCUACACCAUCAAAGCCGAGCGAAGGAAGCUGGUGGCACCUGCUCUUGAGAAGUGGAGCCUUGAGAGCCCUGCAAAAGGCCCAGAGUUCCCAGAGAGUGGCUUCAUGUCUCCUGUCUAAGCUCCUGAGAACAGUUUCCAACUCUCCCAGUACGUCUGUGCUCCAUCCCACGGGAUUUUCCCUCCCCAGCCUGGUUCACGGCAAACAAGUCCAGACCUUCACUCUGUGGGCUGAUCCUGUGCCAACACCGACUUGGUUAUGCACCUCUUUCCCCCCUGGGUCUGCAAGGCCCUGGGAAUGGCUCUUUCUGGCCACUUUCUGCUCUCCUGAUCUGCAAGUUUAUGCUGAGCACCAGCAGAGCUGUGUCAAAAAGACUGAGUCCAGAGGAAUUCCCUGUUGGAGCAAAAUGGGACUGGAGGACGAAGGUACCAGGAGAACUCCCAACUCCAGACUCUGCACUCAUUGGACUGUAGGGACACUGCAGACCACGAAGGAUCAGGACUUGGGGGACCCACUGAGUUGCCAGAAAGAGACAGGAGAGCGGCUGCCCUGCUGGAUUCCAGCAUGAGCGGAGGGACUCUGCAAACCCCAAGGAUCAGUACUUUGGGACCAGAUGUGCUCCAGCCACUCCAGGUCUUUCUUGGAGUGAGGGCUCCAGAACUGAACCCAGUAGGUUUUGGACUGGGGAUCCAUGGAAUGAACCCACGUGGUGCAAUGACACAGCCCAUCCCAACCAGGCUGAGGAAACGUGGGUGCCUGCAGGUCCCAGCAAAACUACCCGCCACCAUGGUGCACUGGACAGCCGAAGAGAAGCAGCUCAUCGCCAGUGUCUGGAGCAAGGUCAAUGUGGAGGAAUGCGGUGCUGAGGCCUUGGCCAGGCUGCUGAUCGUCUACCCCUGGACCCAGAGGUUCUUUGAUAACUUCGGGAAUCUCUCCAGCCCCACCGCCAUCAUCGGCAACCCCAAGGUCCGUGCUCAUGGCAAGAAAGUGCUCACCUCCUUCGGGGAAGCCGUGAAGAACCUGGACAAUGUCAAGACGACCUUCUCUAAGCUGUCCGAGCUGCACUGUGAGAAGCUGCAUGUGGACCCCGAGAACUUCAGGCUCCUGGGAGACAUCCUCAUCAUCGUGCUGGCCGCACACUUCACCAAGGACUUCACCCCUGCCUGCCAGGCCACUUGGCAGAAGCUGGUUGGUGUGGUGGCCCAUGCUCUGGCCUACAAGUACCACUAAACGCCCCUGAAAGGAGAUUUGUCUCUAACAGUCAAUAAAAA